UUGGUAACGGACCAUUGAAAAUAAAUCCCCUUUUCUUCCCCGAUAUAAGAAAACCCCCUCCAUCUUACUCUUUUGAACUCACUGGAAAAAAAUAUGGAGGUCAUGCCAAGAUCGCCGGAGUUCCACUUCUCCACCGCCUCCAACACCACCUUCCCCUCAAGCCCACCUCUGUUUGGCGAACCCUUCAACUACCAGCGCCACUUUACCAGCGCGCCAUCCAGCCCUAACCGCGCAGCCGCUGCCAUCUACCCCCACUUCUCCUCUGACUUCUCCUUCAGCUCCGGUGACACGCCGGAAAUCUCCACCGCCGACAAGCUCUUUGAAAAAGGAAAAAUCCGACCUUUACAUCAUCCUCCACCGAUCGCGGCUGCCUCCUCCCCACAAUCCGGUGAAAGAGGAAGGAGAAAAAAUUCCCCUGCUACCAAUUUCGGAAACAGAUCAAGAGAAACCAGAUCUCUUUCUCCACUAAGAAAUCACUCCUUCUUCAUCAAAAACUCAACUUUCACCUCCUCGUCCUCCUCCGCCACCGCCACAGCCGGCGUCGGCGGCGGGAACUGGAAAUGGAGGCUUAAAGAUUUGCUUUUGUUUCGAAGCGCAUCGGAAGGGCGGGCUACAGGUAGAGGAAGCAGAGAUCCUCUUCGCAAGUAUACUCUGCUUUCUUCCUUCACUUCUUUCUCAUCAAAGAGUAAGAAGAAAGGCGAAGAAGAAGAAGAUUCCAAAUGUGGAAGCUUUAGAUCGACGGAAAGCGCAGGAGGAUCGAUGAGAAGAGGUGGCGGACAGCCGGCUUCCGCCCAUGAAAUUCAUUAUACGGCCAACAGAGCAGCGGCUGGGGAGCAGAGGAAGAAGACUCCUUUGCCCUAUCAGAGGCAGGGUUUGUUCAGUUGCUUGCAGUUCAAUCCAGCCAUUCGCAGCAUUACUAAAGGAUUCAAUAGUUUCUCCUGACGGAGAUCUUCAUGGCUAAUCAGAUUAAUCUUUUUUUUUUUUUCAAAUUUGUAUGUUUGUUCUGUUUUAUUUAGUGGUUUUGGGUGUUUGAAUAGCAAUAUGUGAGAUAAAGGAAUUGAGUGAAGAAGGCUACUUAAAUUGUAAUUCUGAUCUGAGUGAUGUAAAUUUCUAAAUUUUAAGCUGAAAAUAGAUUUUUCAGAACA